AUGCGUUCAGCCAGCAAAGCAAGUCUAACAGCAUCUAUCGGCCGUGUAGAGCCGUCAUCCAACCCGACCCCCGAAUCCCCCUCGAUCGUUAGAUGGAACUCACGUAUUCCAAAGGAGGAUCGAAUGGACCGUGAUUCGCUACGCAUCAAGGUCAAGCUGCUGCUUCUCGAAAAGUUUGGUGACGACUUCGAGCCGCGGCCGUUUCAGAUCAAUGCAAUCGCUGGUCUCCUCGAGCUCGACAGGAAGCGCGGAUGCACGAAUACGUUCGACGCAGUCUUCGUCGCCGCACCAACAGGGUCCGGCAAAAGUACGCUUUUUGAAGCAAUGAGUCUCGUGUUCGGUAAGCGAGCAAUUACAAUCAUCAUCAGUCCCUUAAAUGCAUUGAGUGAGCAUCAGGUAAGCAAGACUCCUGCCGGCCAAUGUGUCGGGCGUCUACAGACGGUCACGCUCGGAGCAUUCAACAGGCCGCAAAGCUAUUCAUGAGGGGCAAGAUGGCCGUUGUUGUGUCCAAGAAAACGUGGAAAGACGGAAAAUUAUACGAGCAAUUGAAAGAUCCCCUUUGCGAAGUCGAGUACAUCUUCAUUGUAAGCUUCAAGACCUUGUGACCUUGCAUUUUCUGCUUCAAGUUGGCUGAACACGGUCUAUUGUACGGCAUUGUUGACUUCGCAGUCUCCAGAAAUGCAUGCGCGCAACGUUCGUUGGAGUGAAUUGAUUUUCACUUCCUCAUUCCGAGAGCGGAUCAAAUUGCUGGUUUACGACGAGGCGAUCAAGAUCGCCGAGUGGGGACUCACGGGACGAAAAGACCGAGUCGGCGCUAUGGCGCAUACCACCGAGGGAUCCAACCCAUUUCGCACCGAGUAUGCUCAAAUUGUUCAACAACGUCUCCGAAUUGGUUGUCAAACUUUGUUCCUUACUGCGGGCGCGCCACCCGACAAAAUCGACAAAAUUCUAGCGGUUGCCAACAUCUCUAAAUCGCGAACUUUUCUUGCCAAAGCCGACCUAUUUCGCCCUAAUUUACGCAACAUCGUCGUCGAAAUGACACCUCAUACCAAGGCUACAAUGACAGAUAUUCCCAGAAUGUUCAGCGUCCGAUCCGAUUCAAGUAGUAUCCCUCAAUCAAUCGUGUACUGCAACACCAGGGAGGAAACAUCGAUCGGUCUUUCUGCGCUGCACAAAAGUUGGGGCCUCGAAGUCACGGUCGAUUCUCCGCUUGCUCGACAAAAGCGAGGAUUUCAAGUAUUUCGAGUCAGUCUUGCAGAAAAGUUGUCAAGCGCUCGCUUGCGCCGCAUGCCAAGGCGAAAAAACCGUUACGAUGUUGCAUGGCGUUGCACCGACGAUUGCAAGUGUACGCGAGUUGCCCCAUCAGAGUGCGUGAAAGCUGGAAAGCGGACACUGUCAGUGCGAAGUCUGAAGUGUGAGCACAACAAGACAAACGACGGUUGA